GAAUAAGAAAUAUAAUUUUGUCAAUUGACCACUAUAAGUACCUGUUAAUGUUAGUUAUACACUACAAGCCCGAGGUCGUCUCACAAAUAUAUAAUCACCGUCGUUAUUCUAUUGGAUGUGUUACAGUAGUUUAGCAAUUGCGAUUGACAUGGAAAACGAGAUCAGAUCUUGGUUGAGUGUCAUCUUAAAAGAUAAUAUCGAUAAUUUGUCGUUACACAUUGUGGGAAAUUCGGAAAAAGGUGAUGGUUACGUUGGUGACAUAAUUUUUGUUACUUUAACUUCUGAAAAGGGUAAAAGCAAUCCGGAAUACAGUCUUGUGUUAAAAUGUAGCAAAAGAAGUCAAGUUUUAAGAGACUCAGCGCCGGUUAAGGAAGCGUUCAUCAAUGAAAUAUACAUUUACGAAAAGGUAUUGCCUGCUUUUACUCAAUUUCAGACAGCGAAGAACAUUCGUAACCCAUUUAAUAGCGUACCCAAAUGUUAUGGAACACUCGUCACCGACAACAUGGAAAUUAUUGUUUUUGAAAAUUUAAAAUCAAAGGGUUAUACCUUAUGGGAUAAGAAAAAACCUCUGACGCGGAAUCAUAUUGAAAUGGUUAUUGAAGAAUAUGCAAAAUUUCAUGCUGUGUCAAUUGCAAUGAACGAUCAGCAACCUGAAAAAUUUGGACAACUCAUCGACGGUUUUGUAGAUAUUUUCAAAUGUUUCCUGGAAUCAACAGACUGUGAAACACUUUUUGGAAAUAAUGUGGAUGACAUACAUGGCUUACUUAAGGAUGAACUCGAUGAUAAAACUUUAGAUGUUUGGAAAUCUUUCAGAAAACAAAUAAAUUAUAUUUUUACCGAGAUGAUUCAAGAAAUGAAUGGAGUGAAAGUGAUACGACAUGGUGACUGUUGGUGCAAUAAUUUCAUGUUCAAACACGAUAAUAAAAAUAACAUUUUGCCAUUGGAAGUCGCCAUAUUGGAUUGGCAGAUAUCGGUAUACUCAUCACCAAUUCUUGAUUUGUCGUAUUUUGUGUUUGCCAGUAUAUCUAAAGACGACAUCGAUGACUUAAACGAUAUUUUGGAACAGUAUUACGAAAAAUUAAAGUUUUAUACCACACAGUUGGGUUCUAAUUUGGACGUAUUGUAUCCAAAACAAGAGUUUUUAAACGACUGGAGAAAAUAUUGCAAGUUCGGAAUCUUAAUGAGCAGCUUGGUUUUUAAAAUUUGUGCUACCGAAAAGGAUGAAGUUUUAGAUAUUGCAGAUGCGGCUGAAAGUGGUAAUGAUUUUGGAAAGGCUUUCGACUAUGAGGUCAAGAAUAAAUCAGCUUUAAAAAAUAGAGCUAAAUAUGUUGUUCAGUAUGUGGUCAAAAAUAAUUUAAUUUAGUAUCUUGUUUUCUUUGUUAAACAUAUUUAAGUUAAAAUGGUGUGACAUUGUGUUCGAUUCAUCUUUUUGUCAUAUUUGUAUAGGAAUAUAAUUAUAAAGUGUCUCUCAAGGUCAUUCUCAUUUGAAAAUACCGCAAAUUGUAAUUUAGUAAUUUACGAUAAUUAGUGUUAAGAAAAAUUUUCCGCGAAUUUAUGUAUUAUUGAAUGCGUGUUGUGCACGCUACAUUAUGUUAUUGUUAAGUAAUGAUCUAAAACAAAACUCUACAAACUUGAAUAAUAAAUCCUUGCUAACUUUG